GAGGCAGGCACUACAAAUACCCCCCUCCCCCCAUUUCUUUCUCUCUUUAUUUCUCUAUGAAAGCUGAGCUUAUUGUUGAGCUUUAGCUCCACCCGCUUUGGGGUUCGAAGCAGGCACAAAAAAGAGAGAGAGAGAGAGAUGGGGAAGUACAUUCGCAAGGCCAAAGCGACAGGCGAGCUCGCCGUCAUGGAGGUGUCCCAGUCGUCCCUCGGGGUCCGCACGCGCGCGCGAACCCUAGCCCUCCAGAAGUCUCCGGCCCCUUCUUCUCCGGCAGCCGCCUCCGGCUCCUACCUGCAGCUUCGGAGCCGCCGGCUUGAGAAGCCCCCGGUCGCUCUUUCGAGCCAGGACUCCGGGGCCAAGCGCCAUAAGCAGGCCGGUUCCAACCCUAGGGCGGGGUCGAGCCUGCGAGUGGGCUCCCAUGGGCCCAAGGUCGUCGACCAGGAGGCCGAAGAGGUUGAGAAAGAGGAGGACCUUAAAGAGAAGGAAAAGAGUGGCAACAACGAUUUAGCGGUUGAGGAAGCUUCGUUUGGAGAGAAUGUUUUGGAGUUUGAAGGUAGAGAGAGGAGCACCCGCGAAUCCACACCGUGUAGUUUGAUUAGGGAUCCAGACACCAUAAGAACCCCCGGUUCUUCUACCAGGCCUACCUGCUCAACUGAGACUAACCGCAGAACGCAGAACACAAUGCGUAGGCAUAUACCAACAGCACAGGAAAUGGAUGAGUUCUUUGCUGCUGCUGAAGAAGAUCAGCAAAGACAAUUCAUUGAGAAGUACAACUUUGAUCCUGUGAAUGACAAGCCGCUCCCAGGGCGCUAUGAAUGGGAGAAAUUGGAUCCUUAGAUCUUACUGUUCCAUCUGGACUUAUAUUCCUGCACAUUCUCGGUUGAUCUUGAGCUUAGGAAUUUUGAAGUAGCAGGACUUAGCUUUAGUUGGAAUGGUGAUGGUAUUAUUUCUGUUUUCCAUCACCCUUAAUUCACUUGUAAAGAAAGAAGUAGGACUGUCAAGUCGUGUGUAGACUAAUGGUCUGUAACAUAACAGAGGUUAUGACGAGCGAGUUACACAACAAAUACAUAUCAAAGUCCUUUGUCUAACAGAUCAUCUGAAGAGGGGGAGGGAAAGAGGGUUGUACUUGUAGGAAGUAGGGUAGUUCAUCCAACUAGGUCAGUCUAUGUGGUACAGAAAUUUACUUAGGUUUUCUUUUUCUUUUUUGGUACUGUAUUUUCCUCCCCCCACCUUCUUUGUCAAUACUUGUACUGAUGGAACUUUGAAAAACUGUGGAAUAAACAUGACCCGUUUCCCUCUCUUCA